UGGGCCUCAGCUAACUCUGCUUCCUUUCUCCUCAGCAGUCCCUCUAGCUCAACAUUCUCCUAAUAACAAACAAGUCAACUAGCCACACUCUCUCACUACAGCACACAGUCCCUCACCUGGUUCCUGGGCUGGGUCUGAAGAGCUCGCAACAGCUCCAGUUUGUUCAUGUCUGUCUGCUCGUCUCUCACUUCAGCUCUGGCCUCCUCCAACAGACGCAGCACCUGACGAAUGCUCGGCCGGUCUUCAGGGAAGUCCAGACACCCCUCGAUCAUCUGGAGGAGAGGAUGCUUCUUGCGUAGCUGCCUGUAGAUCAUCCUCAUGUAUCUCUCUCGUCGCUCUAGCUCAGUUCGACCAACUAUUCUUCGUCGUUCGUCACGAUAGUUGUGAGCUAGCAAGUCGCAGGGGAAGGUUUGGCAGAGUGUGAAAAUGGCCACGACACCAAAAGAAAAGAUGUCGAUGCUUGCAUCGUACUUUGACAUUUUGUCUUUCUCUUCCUCGUUUUCCUCAAGUUUGCUUUCCAUGGCCUCUGGAGGCAUGUAAAUUAUGGCCCCAGGUCCCUUUGUCAUGGUGGCUGCAACUCGCAUACGAGGCACGAUACGAGCCACGCCCAGGUCCGCUAUCUUGGCCACCAUCCCCGAGUUCAGGAGAACGUUUCUGGCCGACAAGUCGCGGUGGAUGAUGGGCGGCGAUUGCUCGUGGAGGUAGGUCAGGCCGCACGCCACGUUGUGCAGGAUCGAGCACUUUAGGCUCGGCGGGAAGAAGGGCUUGGGCGCAUUGGGCGGGGGAGGGGUGUCGGUUUCUGGGUCCAGCAAGUCGUGAAGACUCGUCAGCAGUCGCUCCAUGACGAGGGCUGGCAGUCGCGAGCCGGGCAGGAAAUAUAAACCAAGAAACUGGACGAUGUUCGGGUGGCGGAGGGUACUCAUCAGCCGACAUUCCUUCACGAACUGGGACGGGAUCAGAGCCGCGUUCAGGAAGACGUCGUGAAUCUUUUUGGCGGCGCAGACGGCUCCAGGCAUGGCCACCUCCUCCACGCUGCCGUAGGCUCCUGCGCCGAUUGUGGUACCAGUGAGCCGUACGUUUGUGAGCACGAACGGCUGCAGCUCAGGGUGGUUACGAAGAAACUCGGCCAUCUUUCUCUCAGGAGCUAGCUCUAGCUAGCUACGUACCGCUGCAGGGAGUGGCAAGUUGAUGUAGAAUAUUUCGAGAACUCUGCAAAAGGAGAAAUGGCAGCAGAAGGAAGCGGUUCUGGUAGGAACAGGACCCCAGGGAGCUCAGUCCAAGUUAUGAUCUACUUGGUGAGGAAGAUCCUGACGACUUUGUCAAUGUCGACAUACCUGAGGACCUCAGUGCUAGUGAUACUGCCAUUAUGCCCCCUACCGGAGCUGGCAGACAAGGGCUGCUAAGAAAGUUUCGAGAAAGCUCGAUACUCCCUAACAUUAGAAGGCAGAAAGACUCGACUCCUGGUGGUGGUGACUUUCCUCAACUUCCUGGUGAAGAUGACGAGUUACUAGAUCUGAGAUCAGGAGAUGGGGAGAGGGAGGAGAGAGGCGCAGCUGAAAUGGAGAAACUUCUGUCUUUUGAAGCGUCAGAAACAUCUCUGAGAUCCGACAUGCUCAUAUCCAUGAACGUAACAAGUGCAGGAGGAGGGGCAGGAAUAGGGGCGGGGCUAGGUGUGGAUAUGUCACUACGGCAACCAGCCAGUGUCCACGCCCCCGAGAUAAAGCUGCCAUCAGAUGAAGAGCUUGCGAAACAAGCUCAAAGAGUGAGGUUGGACAGUAUGGACGCCGACACACAGAGAGAGUUUGAGGACGAAGAUGUGGAGUCGGCCACGUGGGCUCAGCACCAGAAACAUGUAUUCGUUCUCAGUCUCUCUGGCAAACCCAUCUACAGCAGGUAGAGUAUAGAGCUGUAUUCCCAACUAGCAGGUAGAGUAGAGCUGUAUUCCCAACUAGCAGGUAGAGU